AACCCCGAGAUCGUUUCUCUUCCCCCCCCAGGAACGGGACCACUUCGCCACCAAACCCACUCUGCCUAAUUUCUUUGUAACGGUGAUCCGGGUAAUCCACUUGGACAGCGUCAAGUUAUUAUUGUCUUCAAUUCCCUCCUCUCCCAGAAGUUGGAUUUCCCCCGAAUAACGGCCGUCUCCUUGUUUUCUCCCCGGCACCUGUUACCAUCUGAAUGCUGUCAAUGUCGCGUCUACUUCUCAACCUUCGCCAGUAGCUUCACUUCCUCACGUAUCCAGCUGCCUAUAUCGGCAGUACUCUGGCCGCCCCUCCUCUCUUAUAACCCCGGCCUCGUGCUGCACAAGACCCCGCCCCCGCAACCAGUACCUGCACUGGUUUCCACAAGACACAUUGUCCCUAGGAUGUUAUUAGAUACAAUCGUCGGUCAAGACCCGGCCACCAGCCCCAAAAUGGAGGAUCUCGCUAGCAUCAGCGAGGUGCCCGUCGAUGUGCCUGCCGCUCCCAAGCCCAAGGAGGACUUGAAGGAGGCCAAUGGCCUGUCUAAUCAGAGUGCCACCAUACCUCCCCCGAAGACCGACAAGCCCCGCCCUCAUGGCUGUACGACAUGCGGUCGGUCCUUCGCUCGAUUGGAACACCUCAAGCGCCAUGAGCGCUCACAUACCAAAGAAAAGCCCUUUGAGUGCCCCGAGUGUGCGCGCUGUUUCGCUCGUCGAGACCUUCUUCUCAGGCACCAGCAGAAAUUACACAUGACGACAACCCCGUCAUCCCGCCCCAGAAAUGGCCGGCGCGAGAGCACGGGGGGCGCUGCUACUGGAACGAAUCGCGUUCGCAAGAAUUCGAUCGCCAGUAACUCCAGUGCCAUGCGUCCUCGCGCAAAUACCAUUAGUCAUAUUGAUGGGGCUUCCCUGGGACUUGUAAAUCCCUCUAACCCUCCAUCAGCGCCAGGUGGCCACUCUGGACAUACUUACCACCAAAGCAUCGGUUCCGGAUCUGUGGGCUCAAACCUUGACUUUCGUGGCUUUUCCUCGAGCCAUCAUCCUCCCGUGACUGGCCUGCCGAAGUUGGAAACGCAUGGGUUGUCUAUGGACUUUUCCGGUGGCCUUCGGACUGCCCCCGUCUACGGUAGCUUCGAUCUCAACGUCUCAGAUAUGAUUAUGGGUCAUGGUAGUACCAUCAAUCCAGCUCAGCUUCACUUCGGAGGCUCCCCGCAGGCCUAUGGUAAUGACUCGCCCUCAUCACCAUUUACUCAUGGCGCCCAUCAUAUGCCUCCUGCAGAUGCGAUGAUGGAAGAUGACUUCAGCUUUGAUUGGAUGAACACCUUUGACCCGGCCAUGCCAAUGGGUAAAAGCAACGAUUCAGCGAUCGACGAGUCGUCCCCUUCCGCGAUGAGUACGGGCAGUCAGAGCGGGAUCAGCGAGGCCAUGAUGGAUGGGUCACAUCGUUAUUCUGUCUCUUCAGCUGGCUGGCACAACCCGUUCCCUCCACAUUCGGCGGCGCCCCCAAGCCAGUUUCCCUUCGAGUACUCCUCCUCCAGCUUUAACGAUAUAGGAAUCCCGCCAGAAACUGUUUCUCCCAAGUCAUUGAUGGCUCAGAAUCCGUUCGUGGAAACAUAUGCCACGCCCCCAUCCAUGACUUCCGUUGGCCAGCCCAUGAUGGGUGGACAUUCGCAGAGUAUGUUUUCAUCCUCUAUGGCAACAAACGGAGAAUCUCCUAAUCCUCUCAACCUGCCUUUCGCGAAUAGUGCCCUACGAACUCACCAUUCCCCAAGCUCCACGGAUACCUUUACAGACUCCACCCGACAGGCUUUAUUAGCCAGCAUGGCGCACCCGACCAGUCUCAAUCACCGCAAGUAUUCCCAGCCCGCUAGCGGCAUGAUUCCCUGCCGCGAUCUCUUCUCUCGUUCCUCCACUUUCACCGGCCCCGGUCAAUUGCCUAGCACCUCGGACAUGCAGCGUUUUAUCUCCGCCUACAUCACCUACUUUCACCCACACAUGCCCUUCCUUCAUAUUCCGACCCUUGAUUUCCAAGCACCCGAAUACACCAGCAAAUUACGGACUCCUAGCGGUCAUCUCAACUUAAGUUCACCCGGAGUUGCUGGAGGUGGUGGCUCGCUGAUCCUCUCCAUGGCGGCAAUCGGAGCGCUCUACGAAUUCGAUACUGCAGCCUCCAAGGACCUCUUCGAAGCUGCCAAGAAAAUGAUUCAACUCUAUCUAGAGGAACGACGUAAAGCCGACAUGUCAACUGCGAUUGGGCGCCAAAGCCACGCGCAUGACAGUUCGGUGCAAAACACCCCACUGUGGUUGGUUCAGGCGAUGCUCCUCAACGUCAUCUAUGGACAUACCUGCGGUGACAAGACAUCGGCUGAUAUUGCGAGUACCCACUGUGCGGCGUUGGUCAGCCUUGCCCGAGCGGCUGAAUUGAACCGUCAUCUCGAUGCGAAGGAUCUCUCUCAGGAUUAUCUUGCCACCGGGCUCAGUAACCGCAUCGGUGCUGAUUCUGACGGUUCAAGCCAGUCAGCCCCCGGACAGCCAAAAGAAAGGAAAGAAUGGCUUGAUUGGAAGAUUGUCGAGGAGCGGAAGCGCACACUCUACGCCAUCUUUGCUCUGUCGUGCUUCCUUGUGUCAGCCUACAAUCACGCACCGGCCCUGACUAAUUCUGAGAUUCGCCUCGAUCUUCCCUGUGAAGAGGAUCUUUGGGCUGCGGAGUCCCCGCAAGCUUGGAAGAGGCUCGGUGGACAGUCAUCCCACAAGAAAGGACUAUCAUUUUCCGCAGCCUUGACCACACUUUUGACCGCCAGUCAACGAGAACAGCAGUCGUCUCCGUCGAUGCCAUCCCAGGUAUCUGGAAAUGAUGAUGAUCCACCCAUUGGCGAGUUAAAGCUUAGUACUUUUGGUUGCUUGGUUUUGAUAUAUGCGCUGCACAAUUACAUCUGGGAAACUCGCCAGCGACACAUGGGCCGACAGUGGACGUCUCGAGAAACAGAGGCCAUGCAAGCUCACAUCGAACCCGCAUUGCGGGCCUGGCAAUCUGCUUGGGCUGGCAAUCCCGUGCACAGCUUGGAGCGUCCCAAUCCAUUCGGUGCCGGACCUCUGUCUGCUGAUAGCAUCCCAUUAUUAGAUCUCGCCUAUGUAAGAUUAUUCGUGAACCUUGGGCGCUGCAAGGAGGCAUUCUGGCAGCGUGACUGGAAUGCUAUGUCAGACGAGCUUGCGCGUGGAAUCGAGCCUGUUCACCCCAUGGAUGACAUUACGUCUGAUGUUCUGGACCCGUCAAUCACCGAAGGCUCAAACCAGACCGACAAUCGUCGCGAUUCAGUGGCUGAUCUGGGAGUGGGAGAUCUUGCCAUAUCCACCACUCCCACCCAGGAUCAUCCCCUGCAGACUCUGAUGGGGGUGUAUCGGCCUGGUCAGACCAAACGUGAAAGACAUCUUCGCAAGGCGGCGUUCUAUGCGGCAGAUUCAAUAUCGAUGUCCGAUCAACUUGGAAACACUUUUGCCGAAUUCACUUGCAGAGAACUACCCAUUCAAUGCGCCAUGUGUUCUUUCGAUUGCGCUCAAGUUCUUGCAGAAUGGAUCACCACUGUUCAAGAACGCGUGGGCCCCUGCCUGGGCGUUCUAGGUCAAGACAAUGUUGAUCUCACGCAAGCUACCAGCCUUCUGCUGCUCGAAGAGGAGGACUGCAAACUGUUGAAUAAAAUCACAGAGAUCCUUGCUAGUGUGGAAGGCAAAAUGCAGAGGGAGGUCCAAAAUGGCGCAACCAGGUCAGCCCUGAGCGUCCUACAACGUCUGCCUAGUGUGGUCGAAGGGGGUUAUGGCUGCAAAAUCCUGCUUGCCACGGCAAGUCUACUCGACCGGGCUGCUGUUUGGCCGGUGACAAAGCUCAUGGCUCGAUCUCUUGAAGCACAAGCUAUGCGGUUGAAGGAGCGUGCUGAAAGCUCCACUGUGGGAAGGAGCUAGCUCCCUCUAUAUUGCGGUUUCCGAAACGAAUUCGGCUUCGAUUUUUCUGCCAGUCCUGUGGUACAACCGACCAUCAGCAAAGCUAAGGAUGUCAGUCUGCUUUGCAUACAUCGCUUGAUGGAGCUUUCUGUUCUGCCCUUCAAGUUCUGGACUGCUCACUGUCAGGUGCAGCAGGAAGAUGGGACUGGGGUGCCGUGACAGGGUAAAUCCCGUCAUACCCGCUCGGCUCAAGUGCU